UAAAGAGGGGCGUUGUUGUGGUCCGGUUCUUGCUUCUGUGCUGGCUGCUGGGUUCCGUGAUUGGAUGACGGCUUGUUUUUCGGGGUGGGGGUCUGCGUGUGUUCGUGUGAGCCUCACGUUCAGGCAAAGGGGGGCGACUGGAGGGGAUCACUUCCAUGGACCAUCUGUCUGCCUGGGCUCAACAAAGGAGGACGCAGGAUGGUGUUAGUCCAUGUCGGAUAUCUGGUUCUCCCCGUCUUCGGAUCGGUUAGAAAUAGAGGUGCACACUUCAACAGGCACCAACACAGCCAUGCUACCUCCUGCCGACAUUUUCACCUGGGCGCCCCGCAGGCGCCCAUCUCGGCCGAGUUCCCUUUAGGACACGCCGGUCAGCCCUCUCAGGCGGGCCUGGCCGCCCACCUCCCCCCCGGGCACCAUCAACCCCUCGCUGCCCUGCCUGCCGCCCCACAGUUCCAGGACGUGUCGGGGCCUCCGUUCCUACCUCAGGCCUUACACCAGCAAUACCUCAUCCAGCAGCAGCUUCUAGAAGCGCAGCACCGCCGGAUUCUCCCACACUCCAGAAGGACCCAAGAACGAGUUCCCCUCAACCCUCACCGUCUUCGCUCAGCUUACGAGUACUCCCCGCCCCUCCACGCCCUGCAGCAGCCCAGAUACCUGGCCGAAGGCACCGACUGGGAUCUCAGCGUCGACGCCGGCCUCCCUCACCACCAGUACCACCUGCAGCAGCUGCCGCAGCACUACCAGCACUACCUGGCCUCUCCCCGAAUGCAUCACUUUCCCAGGAACACGUCCUCUGCACAAGUGGUUGUGCAUGAAAUCAGAAACUACCCAUACCCCCAACUGCACCUGUUGGCACUGCAGAGUUUGAACCCCUCCAGGCAUGCUACUGCCGUGCGGGAGAGCUACGAGGAGCUGCUUCAGUUGGAGGACCGGCUAGGCAGCGUUAAUCGAGGCGCAGUGCAGACCACCAUCGAGCGCUUCACCUUUCCGCACAAAUACAAAAAGAGGAAGCCCUUGCAGCUGAAGCUCGGUGGGGAGGAAGAGGAGACGGACGUGGAUGAGAAGUGCACCAUCUGCUUGUCCAUGCUGGAGGACGGCGAGGACGUCAGGAGGUUACCCUGCAUGCAUCUCUUCCACCAAGGCUGCGUGGACCAAUGGCUGGCGACCAGCAGGAAAUGUCCAAUCUGUCGAGUUGACAUUGAGACGCAGCUGAACCCCGACAGCUGAUGAGAUUUUUCGCCCCCACGCCGUUUCCUACCACGCGCCUGCUUUCUUCCAUCCUCCUCCUCCUCUUCUCACCCCCCCCCCCCCCCCCCCCCCACCACGGGUGCUUUUGCCAAAUGUCUCCUGACUUUUGAUGUGACUUUUUUUCUUUUGGACUCUCGCUUUACUGAGCCAAGCCAGGGAGUAGAAGUACAAGAGAACUCUAUUACUCUUCUCGCGCCUCCCCCCCCCCCCCCCCCCUUUUCUCUCUUUCUAUAGAACACAAGCACAUCUGCACACACUAACAAGUCGUGUACACAGGGUUUCAUUGUAGCUUGCUGGUUUUACGUGGUGACCGUGGUGGUGUGGUGCAGGGGUUCUCAAACUUUUUGGGUCCAGGGAUCCUUUACAAGAGAUUUUUUUUGUAACCCAAUCUUAAUACUAAACAUAAUUUGUACCCCUAAAUGUCAUAGGAAUUAAAAAGUUACCUAUUUUCGAGGGGGGUUAUAAUAUUACAAUAAUGUUUUCUCUAGGGGAAAAAUAAUUGUUAUGAGAAUUAAAUUGUAUUGUUUUUUUAUUGAAAAAAAUAGUCAUCUUUACAAGGAAAACAUUUUCUCAAGGAGAUAAAAAGUUAAUGAGAAUUAAGUCAUAUUUUUCCAACGUCAAGCCAAAAUAUUAUAAUUAAGUCCCUGUAAAGUGGAAAUAAAUCUAAGUCUUAUUAUGAAUUAUUUUCCAGAUGCCCACGUUACAGCUCGCGGAACCCAGGGGGCCCGAGGACUCCAGUUUGAGAACCAAUGGUGUAGUGUAGGCGCCUCUGAGCCGUGUAGCAUGUCCUUAAAGCCAUGACUUAACGUCCCAUUGCGAGCUGACUGUCUCUCUGACUCUUUCUUCUCUCUUUUUCCUUCUUCCUGGAACACAAAAAUGCCGUGUUUACCUUUUAUGAUCGUAGAGUAGCAGCAAGCACGCGUGGCGCGCCACCGCCUCCUUCGGGGUUGGGGGCGCCCCCGAGCGCCAUCUGUGGCGUGUUUUUAAAGCUAUCGUGCAGCUUUGACGUUUUGCAAUACGCUUGUGUUGAUCGACACUGCCGGCCGCUGAGUCGGUGAAUCGCCACACUUCAAACUAAGUCGUAUGUUGCAAGAAGGUUGCUGAAAGAAAGAGCUGGAACCUUUCCAUGGGAAAAAUUGGCUACUAGUUAGCUACAAUUCUAAAAAUAACUCACCAGUGAAAUUAUUCGAUUAGCAUCAACUGUAUUUUAGUUUCAUGAUAUUUAUUUUCUGUUAUUCCUCAGCUCAGCUUCCCGUGGAAAGUUUCCGGCCACCUUCAUGGCCCUGUUUUGCAACUCGAGCUGCCAAACAAACGCCGCAUGUGUGCUUGCCCUGUCGCGCAACAUUAGCACAACGCUUCCAGUAAACGUGAAUUACGGGAUGCUUCAACUUAUUACAUCACAAAGCCAAAAAAAAAAAAAAUGGACGCUAUCAUGCACUGUUGGAGUAUACUAGUAUUAGUAGUAGUAGUAUGUGGGAAGCUUUAGCGCUGUCCUUGUUAGCUUUUCCGAAUGAAAACUGCAUGCGUUUGUGGUCCCGGCAGCUUAAAACUACAAAGAUGGCGUCCUUUAUUAUUUCAGAGCUAAAGAACAAGCACAGGCUUUUUAUUGGCUCCUACUUGAGUGCGUGACUUUUUUUUUUUUUUGUGCGAUCGACCCGCCCCUCCCUUUCCCUUGUGGUUGCUACGCCGGUUGCUAUGCUGUAUCGCUGUAGAAUGUGACGUGCGACGGAGGCAGCCUCUCUCUCACAGUGCACAAACAACGACACAAUGAAUUCUCAUUCAAACGUGACAACGCCCUUUACGCACUGUGAUUGUGAUUAAUUUUUUACGUUGAUUUUUUUUUCGUCUUGUGCACUGCCAGUGUCGACACUGCCUCCGCCUGUGAUGACGAAGUGUUCAUAGUUUACACAGGGUGUUGUCCAUUGAGAUGCCUUAAGUAUUUAACAAUCAUAAUUUAUUACUAACUGUAGAUACAGUGGCUAUUUAAUUUUUUUUUUUUAUCAUUUUAUUUAUUUAGACACACACACAUUAAAUUGCUAUGAAAAGAAACGAUUACCUCAUCUUCUGCAUUGUUUCCAGUGCUUUGCAUGCAGCUGUAUGGGAAUACUAAGGAAAUAUUUACAAAAAGGAAAAAAAUAUUAUUAUUACUGUUAGCACUGCUGCUGCUGCUGCUCUCCGUUAAAGCCUCCCCUAUCAUCUUCCAGUGGUGCUGUGGAUAUCGCUGACAUUCCAUCCCAUGCAACACUUGCCAAUGCUGUGACAUAAUAUUUAGUGGACAAACUGCAAUGGAGUUGACUGGUUCUUAUUAUUUCGAUUUUUUUUUUUUUGCACUGUUCUGAUAAGGGAACCCUCUCAUUGGCACCUCUGUGCUUAUUAACAUUACUGUAUUUUUUUUUCUCCCCUUAAACACUUUUCAGUGUAAAACAGUGCCUCACAAAAUAAUAAUAAUAAAAAAAAAAGGCACUUUAUUUUUGUUUUGUUUUUAUUUCCAUCAUCCUUCCUCUUAGUUUCCUUUGACAGUGUACGGAAGGUUUUUAAAGCACAACUGCAUGUUUUCUCAGGUUUCAAUGCACUGAUUCAAUGGCUUGAGAUUGACUUUACAAAUAUUUUUUUUCCCCGUAAAAUAGUUUUUCUUUAUGUUGCUUGAAUGCAAACAACGCACGGAAAUAUCUCGCCCGAAAAGAAGAGUGCCAGUGAAAGGGCUGCCGCUAUUUUUGUGUGUGUGUAUAAAUCGGAUCAAUCUGCUGUUCUAGCCGUGACUGCGCAAUGUUUUUCAAUAUGGGAUAUUUUAUCUGAAAAUAGAACUAUUUAUCAUGAAUAUUAAAGCAAUACCGCAUUAACGGUGACGAGUGUGUGCGACGUGGACGAACAUAUUGCGAAUACAUGUUAGAUUCACGCGUGGUGGAAUUUUUUUGUACCUUAUUUAUUCUUACUACUAAUGAUGAUGAUUUCAAAAGUGGCAUUGCUAAACCCAAACUUUUUUUGUUUUUUGUUUUAAAAUUGUUUCAUGGCUUGUACAUUAUCUUUUUGUAUGUGCUCUUUUUGUAAUAAAAUGCGGAAACAA